GGACGCGCACGCACGCACGCACGCACACAAUCAAACACACAUACUUGCGAACACACUGUGCGCACACACCUCGUAUGUGUGUGUUGCGGCGUAGCGCAGAAACGCAACAGGAGUUCGACCUUGAGCUGACAGACUGAGAUACCAUCAUCAUCUUCAUUAUCAUCAUUAUCCUCAUCAUCCUCAUCAGAAGCUCUUGCGAAGCUCGGCUGGCACUUCCUGUCGAACAAACACAAAGGAGCCCGCACAUUUUUUCACCAGCAGAUACUCUUCAUCUUCAACCGCUGCUCAGGGCCUUCACCUACAACUCCUCAAACAACAGUGGCGAAGAAUUCCCGUGGAUUAUUCACCGGAGAGACAGUUCAUCUUCAACCGCUGCUCAGGUGUCACUCACACGGCACAAACUCAGCAGGCAACAGGGGUGUAAGGGACUGAGCUGCUGUCACGAUGGACGCCCAAUCACAAGGCCAGCAGCCACCAGUGCCAGUGUUUCAGCCACAGAAAAUCCAACAGGACAUGGGCUAUAAUAAUUUAGCCAAUUUUAACAUUGAAAAGAAGAUUGGAAGGGGACAGUUCAGUGAAGUUUAUCGAGCCACAUACAUGCUAGAUAAUACCCCAGUAGCUCUGAAAAAAGUACAGAUAUUCGACUUGAUGGAUGCCAAAGCUCGGCAAGAUUGCAUCAAAGAAAUAGAUCUCCUGAAGCAAUUGAACCACCCCAAUGUAAUUAAAUACCAUGCGUCAUUCAUUGAAGAGAAUGAGCUAAAUAUAGUACUGGAGCUUGCAGACGCCGGGGAUCUUUCACAAAUGAUAAAGCAUUUCAAGAAACAAAGACGGCUGAUUCCUGAGAAGACAGUAUGGAAGUACUUUGUUCAGCUGUGUAGUGCACUAGAGCAUAUGCACUCCCGUCGUGUCAUGCACAGAGACAUUAAACCCGCUAACGUCUUCAUCACAGCCACUGGAGUGGUGAAACUGGGUGACCUGGGCUUGGGACGCUUCUUCAGUUCAAAAACCACCGCGGCUCAUUCCCUAGUGGGCACCCCAUAUUACAUGUCUCCCGAGAGAAUACACGAAAACGGAUAUAACUUCAAAUCUGACAUCUGGUCGCUAGGCUGCCUGCUCUAUGAGAUGGCCGCCUUGCAGAGUCCGUUCUAUGGGGACAAAAUGAACCUCUACUCUCUGUGUAAAAAGAUUGAGCAGUGUGACUACCCCCCACUUCCGUCUGACCAUUACUCUGAAGAGCUGCGAAAACUGGUAGAUAUGUGCAUCAACCCCGACCCUGAGAAAAGGCCUGACAUCACCUACGUGUACAACGUCGCCAAACACAUGCACACCCUGACGAUGUCAGCAAACUGAGUCUGCCGUCCACUUCCUUUUGCUCCUACUUUUGAAGGCCUUUGUCUGGCCCAUGUUUUUGUGAGCCAUUUCCACAAAUGUCAUUUAAUAUGUUUGUUUUGCUCCAUCAAAUUGCAACUUGGCAAUCAACAUGUGAGAGGCAUUUUUCAGUAUAAAAAGAAUUUGACAUACCGUAAACACAGCGCAAGACAGCAUACAAGGCCUUUAGUUCAUUAAAAGAACUACAGUAUGUCAACUACAGAAAUAAAUCAAAUGCAUGAGGUCACCAAGGCGAGAAAUGUUUUUUUGAAUAUAGCACUCUUAUAAAGAAGGGGGGACUCAGCAGGGUUGUAGACUGGUUUGACUUGAUUUAGCUCUUUUCGAUGUUGGUACAAUGCGAUGAUUGCAGGAAGUAUACCUCUGUUUUUUUCCUGUCACCACAUUAACACAAAAUGCAAAUCAGAUAUGUUUUUUCACAAACCCAUAACACCCCUUCCUAGAACUUUUUCAUAGCAAAACUUCAUGAGAAGACUGAAGAAAAAAAAAAAAAAAAAAAACUCUAUAGAAAGAGAACUAAAAUUACCCUUAAAAAGCAAGUUUCAGCAUUUGAAAUUUCAGAGGUUUGUCAUUCUAUAAAAGAGCAUGAGAUCAUAGCGUUAUUUGUUGCAGUUUCCAUGGGCUAAAUAACUAGUCCAUCUCUAAACCUCAGCAGACUUUAGAGUUCAUUGCAUUCCAAUGUGAUGCCUUAGAAAAUCUGCUUUCACUCAAAGUAUUCAGAAUAUAGAUCGUGCAUCCAAAUGCUCAAGGAGUGUUUUAUUUUUAUUAUUAUAAAUGCUGUUGUUGUUGUUGUUGUUGUUUUUCCUUUCAUUUUCUUACUGUCCCUCCCAUAUCUGAACACAUUUAUUGCAAUGCUUCCUGGGAGUGUCUCUUUAAAAAAUCCUUGAAAUACUCAAGGCAAAAUACAGACCUUCUUUACCCUCGCCAUUGCACUAAUGCAUUAAAAUGCACUAUGCAAAAUGCAUUAAAUGCAUUGUAAAGAAAUGAUAGUAUGGUUGAUCAUGACUAAUAAAGUGAUAUUCAGUGGGUAUCAUAUAAAGCAUUCAGGAUGAAGUCUGAUUUAAAAGUAAAAAUCUUUCCAUUUCAGCACAUCCGCACCUCUGUGGUUGCUACUUGAACUGUAGUAAAUGAUUAAUGCAACGGCCUUGCAUGUAAUGCAGUAACUUAUACAUAUUCGCAUAUCCCUAUGUGCCUUAAGAUUCUUGAGUGCCUUGUUCUGAAUUUGUCUUUGAAGAGCAAAUUUGUAACAGAAAGGUAAAAUAAAUAUUAGUGCUAAAUCAUGCCUUUCUUCCUGUAAACCAGAUAGUUUGAUUUCAUGAAAUAAGUCACAUUUACAUCAAUGAGCAAUGCAAAAAAACUAAAUAGGGUUGGUAUACAUAUUGAUUUAUCAUUAAAAUCCCAAGAUGUACCUUUUAUUUUGAAUUUAAAGUUUACUUCAGUUUUGGUUGUGUUGAUUAUUAUAUGUUUUAAAUAAAUGGCAAUUUGAACUGCAUAGUAUGGGCACUGUUGUAAAUUUGUUUUAAAUAAUUUUAUUUAAGGUUCCCUAAAGAACUCGUUUCAUAUGUAAGCAAAAUGGACAUUAUAACAGAAAAUACCCAAACAGAUCAGAAUGGAAUUAAAUGGCGUGGGAAUCGUAAUCGAUUUUGAGAGCUCGUGCAACAGAAUUGAAUCAAAUCGAUAAAUAUUUAUCGAUAUCAAGCCCUACCCAAUAACAGCAAACCUGUUUGUGAAGUGUUUCAAGUGGCCUGUUUGUUUUAUUAAAAAUGUAAGCGAUUGGCAACAGUUACAUCGUCCGGGUUAGUUUACAUUUAACAUUGCAAUAACUUUAUCAGUAUAUUUAAUAGGUCUAUUCUAAACGAGGUGCGUUUACAAAUGAGUUUGUGUUUUUGCAUUUAAAUGGAUUUUUAGUGAUUUAGUCAUUAAGUUGGUUUGGCCUUGUACAGUUCUGCUAUGCUCAUGUUCAAAAACCUUUUGACCUCUUCCAGACUGUAAUCUGCGUGCUCUUGUACUGCUUUGCAGAGUGUGCCUUGUGAUCAUUUGCAUACUCGGUCUAAUAUAAUUUACACAAGCAUAUGAAGUUAUACUAAAUAGACUGCAGCUAUUGUGCAGAACCCUUUGCAUACAAUAUAAUACCUAAUUUGCUGUGAUAGUACCAAGUAUAAAAUGGUAUUUGUUUUUGUUUUUUUACUUUAGUCGAGAGCAUUUGUAGUGUUUACUUUUUCUUUUUACUGUAUUUCUGCAAUAAUCAGUACAUAACGUUUUUUCUUUUUGUCUUAUUUUAACAUUACAGAUUAAGCCUGUUGUCUCAUAGAUUAUAGUAUGUAUUAAUCUUGAAAACGCAAGUGAGGCUUAAGAAUUGCGAUGAAGAUCGUCCUGCACGUGCCUCCCCAUCUAGAUUUGGAUCCACGUAAAGCCUUAAGUUCGGAAAACACUGAUGAGGAGGCUGAAGCACAUGAAUCAGAUGCUGUCUUUUACCCAAAUUAUUUGGGAGAGGAAGGAAAGGCAACUUUUAUUUAUUUGUCCUUUUUUUAAUUUUUUUUUAUGAUGAUGGUUUAUUUGAACAUUUACAUGUUUAACAUUCAAGAUGCACAUUAAUUCUUUAUAUGCUAAAUGAAAUUAUGAAAUAAAAAUAAUAAAAUGAAAUAAGAUUUAAACAUAUUUUAAUCUGGUG